UUUCCUAUAUAAAUGCCUACACUUCCUCUCCUUCCAAGCCACGCGAAGUUCCAGCCACCAAAAACCGCAGGGUUGUGAGGCCUCUCUCCCUCUCUUUCUAUCCAUGGAUAUGUCGCAAGCUUUCUCUCUCCCUAUGACUCUCCUCCUCCUCCUCUCUCUCCUUCUCUUCCACUCCUCCAUGGCCGACCCCAGAAAGCUGAGCCUAGUCCAGCAGCAGCCCCUAGUCCUCCAGUACCACAACGGCCCCCUCCUCACCGGUAACCUCACGGUCCACCUCCUAUGGUACGGCCGCUUCUCUGCCUCCCAGCGCUCCAUCAUCGCCGACUUUGUCCGCUCUCUCUCCGGCGCUUCUCCGGCGGUUCCCUCCGCCGCCUCCUGGUGGAGCACCACCGCCCUCUACCGCGGCGCCGCCUCCCGUCUCUCCCUCGGCCGCCAACUCCUCGACGAGAAAUAUUCCCUUGGGAAAUCUCUCACCUCCGCCGACCUCGCCACCCUCGCCUCCCGCGCCGGCCACCACCGCAACGCCGUCACCGCCGUCUUGACCUCCUCCGACGUCGCCGUCGAGGGCUUCUGCAUGAGCCGGUGCGGGACCCACGGGUCCGCCCCGGCCGGCCGCCGCGGCCGCGUCCGGUUCGCCUACAUCUGGAUCGGCAACUCGGAGGUCCAGUGCCCGGGCCAGUGCGCCUGGCCCUUCCACCAGCCAAUCUACGGUCCACAGACCCCGCCGUUAGUCGCGCCUAACGGCGACGUCGGCAUCGACGGGAUGGUGAUCAACCUGGCCACGCUGUUGGCCGGGACGGUGACGAACCCCUACGGCGACGGAUACUACCAGGGUCCGGCGACGGCGCCGUUAGAGGCCGUGACGGCGUGCACGGGGGUGUUCGGGAGUGGGGCCUACCCGGGUUACCCGGGGAAGACGCUGCUGGACCCCGCCACUGGGGCUAGCUAUAAUGCAAGAGGAUUGGCUGGGAGGAAGUACCUGCUGCCCGCCAUGUGGGACCCAAAGACAUCGCAGUGUACCACGCUUGUGUAGGGAUUUAAGAUGGUGCAAAUAAUUCCGUAUUUUUUUUAUGUUAUAUAUAUUUACUGUGAAAUGAAAGAUAGAAGGGGUAGCGAUUUCAAGUUUUGUACUUGAUGUUGUGGGGUAAUAUUAUGAGGCAUAUAAGUGUAAUUGUGUUGUUGUUGUUGUUGUAGGUUAGUAUGUGCAUGGAAUGAGAUAUUUGAUUUGGAGUA